UCCGCUGGACACAGCCUCCGGCUCUCUCUGCGACGCCCGCGCGCCACGGACGCGUCGCGCGGCCCCGGGACCGCCGACGCGCGCCUUGACCCGCAACUUGUCUGCCCGUGCGCACCCACGAAUCGAGGGCAGCCCCCUGAGGCAAAAUGAUCAGACUCCUCGCCAUCACGGCCGUCGGCGCCGCCCAGGAGCCGCAGCGCUUCCAUAUUAGGGGAGGCCAGGUCCACGAGGGGGGCUACCCCUCGAACCACUGGCACCGUUUUGAUCAUUACCGCCUGAAAUUCCACCAGACGGUACAACGAUAUUGGCCCGCCAAAACCACACAAAAUAAGUAUGAUGGUGCCCACUGGGGCUCGCGCGAGGACGGCAAGAAGUACUUCUGGGAGGCCGGCUGGGUCGACGACGGCAUGUUCGAUCCCAGGGAGCACGACCCCCGGUUCAUGGUGACCAACGCGACACGUCGUAGGAGGCUAGAAGAGAACCGCUGCGAGGCCGCGGACAUCUGCUGUUCUUUAUGUAAAAAUGAUUUACAAACAUGCUGGCGCAUGGCCGGGUACCUGGUCGAGGACAAGUACUACCCGUCCGAGCAAUCUGUCACUGGUUCGUGUGACGACAUCGACCGGCGCGUAGCCAACUUGGACGUCUUCGGCCCGUCGAAGACCUUCCGGGACAACGACCUCUGCCGAAGAUUGGUCAAUGAGUACAUGUGCCUCUGGUGGGGCUCGGAGGGCGUCGACCAGUCGAGCGAGAACCACUGCUCGUCGAAGGGUGUGAUCCUCGUGGCGCCGUGCCGGCCGUUCUGCGUCCAGGUCGCGAUCCAGUGCGCGAACUCCCUCGACUACCAGCGCCUCUGCCAGGCCAUCCCGUGCCCGCCGAUCGAGGAGACGUGCAUGCCCGAGCCCCGAUCCGUCGCGACGGUCACUUUAUCAAAGACGAUGGCCUGCUACGUCUACCGCUACUCGACGCUCGCGAACAUGCAACAACAGGACUACAUUCCAGGCAACAGCCGCGCGGGCGCGCUGGCGCCGUCCCUCCUAUCUCUCCUAAUUUUAUUAUUGUAG